CAUUAUUCUAAAUUAUCCUCAAUUAUGGAGAUUUUUUUGGCAUAUGAGUAUCAACAAGCCUUAAGAAGAGAGAGGGUGUACUGAGACCAAUUAGAUUUAUUGCAAGUGAGUGAUGAAGAACUUAUCAAGAAUUAUAGGUUUCCCCGUCAUGAGAUCAUCAAUAUGAUUCAAGAAUUUGAGCCGCAGCUAAAGAGAAACACCUCAAGAUCUCAUGCUAUAUCUGUAUGCACCCAAAUUUUAGUUGCUCUUCGUUUCUAUGCAAGUGGGUCUUUUCAGAAUAUUGUUGCUGACAGCAGUGGCCUUUCACAACAAAGCGUGAGCAAAAUAAUCACAUCUGUGUCAAACAUUCUAGCAGAAAGAGCUAGAAAUGAAAUCAAAAUGCCUGCUGAUAUACUUCAGCUCCAGCAGACAAUGAGAGAUUUUCACGCAAUUGCUGGCUUUCCAAGAGUCAUUGGAGCCAUAGAUGGUUCUCAUAUACCAAUCAAGGCACCUACUGAAGAUGAAGAAAUCUAUGUGAACAGGAAGAAAUUCCAUUCAAUCAAUAUUCAAGUGGUAUGUGAUGCUCAGAGAGUAAUUAUCAACUAUGAUGUCAAGUACCCUGGCAGCACACAUGAUGCUUACAUCUGGAACCGCAGCACACUCCGAACAAGAUUUCAACAUGGUGAAUUCAGAGAUGGAAUACUUUUGGGAGACAGUGGUUAUCCCCUUGAACCAUCAUUGAUGACACCAUUUGCAAACCCUGCAUCGCCAGCUGAGGAAGAGUUUAAUAGGUGUCACACCAGAACCCGAACAAUCAUUGAACAAACAUUUGGAGUCUUGAAGUCCAGAUUUAGGUGUCUGCACAAAUCAGGAGGAAACCUUCAAUAUGAUCCUCUAAAAUGUGCCAAGAUUACUGCAGCCUGUUUGCUACUCCAUAACCGAUGCAUCAAGCGAAGAAUCUGUUGUAAGCGAAAGCCGAGGUAACUCAACAUGAGCUUUAUUCAACAAGAACGCAACAUCCUGGAACAAAAUAACACUACUAUAAAACAGGAAAACGGUAACGUAAUAAGAAUAUAUUCAUAUGUGAAGGUCUUACACAUAACGAAACUAUUUACAGAUUACUUACAAGGAGAACAGUAGUUGUAGGUCUUGAACGUACAAGAGCCGAGUCAAUGCUAACAAUGGUCAUUAGUUCUAGAGCGAAGUUACUUACUAAUAGGAACUAUAGUACGGAAUACUAGGUACAUGCGGGCGCUACAACAGUAAUUUCAUGACAUUCUUCCCGCCUGAAAAAUGUAAGCCAAAUGUAGUCGGUUUAUUAUGGACACAUGAACGAAUUGAUCAUAUUGCGAAGCAGGAUACAUAGGAGAACAAUCAAACUACAGUAAAGGCAAACGAAACAGGAUAUACGUCCGCCAACGAAGCUAGUUAUUCAAAACCGUAUCGCUUUGGAGGCUUGGACGGACGAGAAGAUCUCCUUAAAGUUACCGAGGGUACCGAUUGUUCAUUUCCUUCGACUGAAUCUGUUACAGUUGGGACCACCUCUCCUUCAGAAUCCCUCUUGAUGCGGUCCGCUUCUGGGGAAGCAUUCUCUGUCGACGUUUCGGGUUCUUGCAAAUCUGGCUGUGUA